AUGAGCAUAACGGAAUUACGCAAUACCUUCUACCACCACUUCAUUGAUCUUAGCCCAUCAACCAGCGAUGCCGCCAGCCUCGCCUGCGUCAAUCAGCAAGUCCACGCGGAGUUCACGACGCUGUAUUUGAGCCGGAGAUAUCAAGGCACAACCGGGGUCCCAUUCGAGCAUCUUCCGUUCUUCCUACACUUCUUCUUCGUUCAGUACCCCGACGCGGCUACCAAGACUGUACUCUACAAGUUCAACGUGGGACUUGGAAAUCCAGGGCCCAAAAGCAUCGAUGGCGAUCGUGCUGCAUGCUGGUCAGUGGAUCUGCUCAAGGUCAUGUCAGUAAUGCGCAAACACCCUUUGAUCGAAGUGGUCUGGGACCUGGGCGCGGGCAUGGGUCGCUACUCUGCUGUGUCGUUCGAUGACAAAGACAUCGCCUACGCCGUUACCAACCUGAGAUGUAUGGGUGCCCAAAGCUUUGGCCAGUUGUCAUCCGUCAGGCUCACUUUACGUGAAUCGCCUUUGGAUUUCCACAUCUUCCGGCCAUUCCGGGUCGGGACUACCCUCGCCCUGGACGCUAGGCUUUCGAUCGAGUUGAAGAAGGGCGUGACAGAAUUUUGUUUUGAGGAUAUCGAUACCAAUUGCGGAGGCAUCGAUGUAGAGUUUGAGCAGGAGAAUAGUAUGGACAGUGAUGAGGAGAGUUCAGAUGGCGAGGAAGACAAUCCAGAUGACGGUCACUACGACUCAGAGAGCGAAGAUCAGAUCCUUCCAGAAUUAGGAGACUUGAUUAUAUUUUGA